AUGCGGAUGCGCAAGCUGGCACCCAAGACGCAGACCGCCUACAUUCGGGCCGUGCGCCGGUUCGCCGCCUACCUGGGCCGGCCUCCGGACAGCGCCACCGUCGAAGACCUGCGCAACUUCCAGCUCCGCCUGGUUGACGAAGGCACCUCACCCACCACCCUCAAUGCCACCAUCACCGGACUGAAGUUCUUCUGCGAGAUCACCUUGGAUCGGGCAGAGCUGACGGCCAAGAUGCAACCCGUUCAUGUGCCUCGCACGUUGCCGGUGGUGCUCAGCCGCGAGGAAGUGGCGCGCCUGAUCGCAGCAGCACCCAACCUCAAGCACCAGACCGCGCUGUCGCUGGCCUACGGCACGGGCCUGCGUGCCAGCGAGGUGGUCUACUUGAAGGUCGGCGACAUCGACAGCCAGCGCAUGACGCUGCGCGUGGAACAAGGCAAGGGCGGCAAGGACCGCUACGCCAUGCUCUCGCCCGUGCUGCUGGAACGCCUGCGGGUCUGGUGGCGCGUGGCCCACGCGCAAGGCAAGAUGCUCGAGGGCGGCUGGUUGUUCCCGGGCAUGAAUCCCGUCGACCCGCUCACAACCCGCCAGCUCAACCGGGCCAUUCACAUGGCGGCCGAGUCGGCGCACAUCGACAAACGCGUGUCCAUGCACACCCUGCGCCACAGCUUUGCGACCCACCUGCUGGAGCAGAAGGUGGACAUCCGCGUGAUCCAGGUUCUGCUGGGGCACAAGAAGCUGGAGACGACAGCCAUGUACGCGCAGGUGGCCACCGACGUCCUGCGCGAGGUGGUCAGCCCGCUGGAGCAACUGAGCACCGCGUAG